UUUAUCCUUCCUUUUAAUACUGUUCGUUACCAGCCAUCGUAAUCUUCUCUGCAAUCUCGGUCCGUAUAUAUACACGAUACUCAGACCUGUAUAUAUAGAUAUGUAUAUAUAAUAUUUAACUAUACAUCGCGAGAAACUAGCUACUGAAAGGUGGAAUUUUCAGAGAACCCUGGGAUUUCAACGACGCUUGGCGAAUUGAUAAUCGAUCAAGUAUAAACAACUCUAGUUUUUAGUUUUCCUUUUUUUUUUCCCCCUGCUAUUAGUAGCACUAGAGAAUGGCUAAUAGAGGUCAAAAAAGAGCAGAAGUUUUGGAAGAACUUCCAGCAGACAAGCGUGCAUGCAGCUCGCUUGAUUUUCGGCCGAGUUCCUCUGUUUUACCGGCUGAAACUCCACCUAUGGCCCAUGAGCCCCAGGAUGCCGAUAUGGACACAUCAUCUUCCACUUCUGGAUCAGCUAAAUCCGAGGGUGAUGGAGAGAAGGAAUCUCCUUAUGGCUCUUGUGAUUCUGAUAACAGCCUCCAUGACUACUAUACGCAUCAAUCAGGGAAUGAUCAAAGCAAGUUUAAGAAAGUGCUUUCGAGUUUAAGCGAGGAGGUGGAGGAAUCGGGCCAGAUGACUCUCCUCAUGGAGCUCUGUGAAUUAUUGUCCUUCUGUAGUGAUGGUACUUUGUCGAGCCAUAUGGCAGACUCGUUCUCACCCAUACUUGUAAAAUUAGCUAGGCAUGAGAGCAAUCCAGAUAUAAUGCUUCUAGCGAUUAGAGCUAUAACUUAUUUGUGUGACCAAAAUCCCCGAUCCUCAAGUUUUCUUGUGAGACAUGAUGCAGUUCCUGCCCUUUGUCAGAGAUUAAUAGCAAUUGAGUACUUGGAUGUUGCGGAGCAAUGUUUGCAAGCAUUAGAGAAAAUAUCCCGCGAACAACCACUGGCUUGCUUGCAGUCUGGUGCUAUAAUGGCUGUCUUAAGUUAUAUAGAUUUCUUCUCGACGAGCGUGCAGAGAGUUGCCCUAUCUACUGUUGUCAAUACAUGUAAGAAACUGUCUUCCGACUAUUCUUCACUUUUCAUGGACGCGGUUCCAAUUUUGUGUAAUCUUCUCCAGUACGAGGAUAGACAGGGUCUGAUAGGUUUGCUUGUGAAGUUGGCCUCCAGCUCAGCUGUUGCUUUCAGGACACUUUAUGAACUUGACGUAAGCAAAACUUGUAAGGAAGCGCUUUCCGCUUACGCUCUAUCACAUGGAAUGCACUCUACUUCCAUGGUGGAUGGACGUCAUAGUCAGCAAAAAGGCUCUCUUUAUGUGUGCCUUCCUUUAGGUUGUGGAAUAUUUGAUGAAAGGGAUUUCAUACCGCCUAGUGGAAGCAGAGUGGGUGGCUUAGUGGAAGGACUGCCUCUAGAAAUAGGUGUUCCACACUGUGUUGUUUGGAUAAUUGAGGUUCUGAAGUUGUUGAAUAAGCUGCUCCCAACAAUUACCACAGAACACGAUGAUCAACAAAAUUCGGACAAGGAAGCUUUUCUUUUGGGCCACCCUGAUGUCCUGCAGAGGUUUGGUAUCGAUCUACUUCCUAUCUUGAUUCAGGUAGUGAACUCUGGCAUGAAUCUGUUUGUGUGUUACGGCUGUCUAUCUGUUAUCAAUAAGUUAGUCCAUUGCAGCUCAUCUGAGGCACUGCAUAGUUUGUUAGACACUGUUAACUUUCCAAGCUUUCUGGCUGGAGCUUUCAUGAGGAAGGAUCAGCAUGUGAUAUUACUGGCCCUUCAAAUUGUUGAUUCUGUAAUGUUCAAGCUUCCGCAUAUUUACUUGAACUCCUUCAUUAAAGAAGGCGUUCUUUUUGCAAUCAGUGUGCUCCUUUCCCCAGAUAAGGAUUUGAAGCUCUCUCCAGUCUUUGAUGGUAUCAGGUUAGAAACUGAUGUAAAGCAAAAAUCAGCUUCCAGGGAUGUCCGUAUAUGCCCGUGCUUCACAUUUGCUGACGGCCAGCGAUCAAACUCUUCAGAAACUGGAAUGUGCAAGCUUCAGAUAAUUACCGCUCAGGAUCUUGCAAAACGUAUAUGGACAACUUACUUCGAAACGGAGUCUGUGAAUCCUGAGAAAGGAGUAACUGAUAUUCUUCAAAAGCUGAAAAAUUUAUCGAAUGCGCUGACAGCCCUAGUGGAUAAGUCUCUGGAAGACCAAUCUAGUCAGCAGGAGGAAGAGAUCUAUGAUAUUUUGCGCCAAAUCAUGUCGGAACUUAAUGAAAAGGAUUCCAUCUCCACGUUUGAAUUUGUGGAGAGUGGGAUUAUAAAAGCAUUAGUUAGUUAUCUGUCACACGGCAGACAUCUCCAUGGAAAAGAAGACUCCGAUAAAGCAAGUCUCUUGUGCAUUAUGCAGAACCGAUUUGAGGUGUUUGGAAGACUAUUAUUGUCCUGUGCUGACUCACCUCGAGAAGAAUCUUCACUUCCGACGUUAAUACAGAGAUUACAAAGUGCUCUGUCAUCUGUUGAAAAUUUCCCUGUCAUCACGGGCCAUGCAUAUAAGCGGAGAAAUUCUUAUGCUACUGUUCCGAAUGGGCGCCAUGUUUCACACGCAUGUCUGAAAGUACAGUUUAUGAGGGAGAAUGGAGAGGCAUGUCUGCACGAUUAUGCUCAAGAUGUUGUAAAUGUUGAUCCUUUUGUACCUCUGGAUGAAGUUGAAGGAUAUUUGAGGUGUAGACUGAGAAAUGAUAAGACCAAGAAUUUGACAUCUGGAUCUAAGGAUUCAAAAGAGAAAGUAUGUUCUUCUUUAACCCCAGAUUCAACAACUUCUGAUGGCCAUAUUUUGGCCACCAAAGAGGUACAGGAGGGUAAACUGAAUGAAAUGUCAUCUUCACCAGAAGGGUCACCCACUUUUGCCAAUAAAGCUCUGGACUCAGCAGAUGAAGAUGAAAUUCAUGCAGACCUUGUUGAGCAAGAGGAUUGUGGCGUUGGCGUACGUCAAGAGGAUGGUAGGAAUAUUAGUGAUGCAGUCAGUGAUAAUGAAGACGAGUCAGCAAAGUUGCUACUUUUCUUAGAAGGGCAGCAAUUGAAAUCAGAGUUAACAUUAUACCAGUCAAUUCUUAAACAGCAAAGUGGAACAGAACAUGAAAUUGUCCCAAGUGCAAGCUUGUGGACUCGUACAUACAAAAUAACUUGUAAAAGACACACGUCUACCUCAACACCCAAUGCCACGCGUGUUCUUGAUGAGGAUCUGUGUUCUCUUCUAUCAAAAAGGGCCUCGUUCUUCCAGUUUCCUCCAUUUUACUCUCCCAUGUUUUCAGAAGAUGACUUUGAGAAAUCAGGCCCAGCUUAUGAUAUAUUAUGCCUUCUUAAAAUCUUGGAGGGAGUUAACAUGUUGAGAUAUCAUCUGAUGCCACGUGAGAAAACAUAUAUGUCUGCGGAAGGGAAAGCAGAUGAUCUGGAUAGAUUAAAAGUAGUGGUGAAUGAAGUUCCCGCGAAUGAAUUUGUCAAUACGAAGUUAACAGAGAAACUGGAACAGCAGAUGCGGGAACCUGUUGCUGUUUCUGCUGGGGCCAUGCCUGCAUGGUGUACCCAGAUAAUGGCUUGGUGCCCUUUCUUAUUCAGUUUUGAAGCAAGGUUCAAGUACUUUCAGUUGACGGCACUAGGUCGAUUGCCAGCUCAAGCUAAUCCAACAACAGAUGAUAAUGCUCUCGGUUCGAGUGGCAGGCAGCAGAAUCACUCAAACUCGCCUCGCAAGAAGAUUUUGGUUCAUCGGGAUAAAAUACUGGAAUCUGCUGUUCAGAUGAUGGGACUACACGCUCGUCAGAAGGCUCCUUUUGAGGUGGAAUAUAGUGAAGAGGUGGGUACUGGCCUUGGCCCGACAUUGGAGUUCUAUACUUUAGUCUGCCGUGAGUUUCAAAGAAGUGGUUUAGGGAUGUGGAGAGAUGACACUGCAUCACAUCAGUGCACAGGAGAUUCUAAAUCCGGGAUUUCUGAACUUUUAGCAUCUCCUUUUGGUUUAUUCCCCCGCCCUUGGUCGCCUUUGCCCAGCACGGCAAGCAGCAUAGAAUUUUCUGAAGCGAUUAAAAAGUUCACUCUUCUGGGAUAUAUGGUUGCUAAAGCUCUUCAAGAUGGUCGGGUUUUAGAUCUUCCAUUCUCGACAGCUUUUUAUAAACUCAUUUUGGGGAAGGACCUUACUCUGUAUGACAUCCAGUCAUUUGAUCCUGCACUUGGUAAGAGUCUUCUGGAGUUUCAGGCUGUUAUUGAAAAGAGAGAGAGUUUGAUGCCUAUUUGUGGGGAUAAAUCACAUGAUGUUGAUGUGCUAUUGAAAGACAUGACAAUUGAGGAUCUCUGCCUUGAUUUUACGCUUCCAGGGUAUCCAGAUUAUGCUUUGGUUCCUGAUUCAAAAAUGGUAAAUCUUGAUAAUUUGGAUGAGUAUGUGACUCUCAUGGUUGACGCAACAACAAAAUCUGGAAUUAUUAGACAAGUAGAAGCAUUCAAGUCUGGAUUUGAUCAGGUCUUCCCUAUUACACAUCUCAAGGUUUUCACAGAAGAAGAGUUGGAGCAUUUGCUCUGUGGGGAACAUGUGCUGUGGAAUUCGGACGAACUUUUGGACCACAUCAAAUUUGACCAUGGGUAUACAAUCAGCAGUCCACCAAUUGCACACUUAUUGGAGAUCAUGCAAGAGUUUAACUUGGAGCAGCAAAGGGCAUUCUUGCAGUUUGUGACUGGGGCACCCCGGCUCCCAACUGGGGGUUUGGCUUCGCUUAACCCUAAACUAACAAUUGUUCGCAAGCAUUGUAGCUUGGGGAUGGAUGCCGACUUGCCUAGUGUGAUGACUUGUGCAAAUUAUUUAAAGCUUCCACCUUACUCUUCAAAAGUGCACUUCAUUCUUUUCUACUAACUUUUUCUGUAUUUCAUUCUUUUUUGGUUUUUGUAGUUGGGAGUAGAAUCAGGGCUUUAGUUGAUGUAGCUAUAUUUUGUGGAGAUCUAAUCAAUCCUUUUAUUUUCUUUUUCCUUUUUUUUUU